AAGAUCGGAAAUAAAGGUGUUUGCUGUUUUGUGCUGCAAAUCUUGAAUCCGGAUCGGAUCGGCUUUCAGCAGACGGCAUUUGACGAACGUUGUAGGAGCGUUGUAAACAAACACUUUUGCCAUUGGAGAGAAAUGGUUCUCAGCAGGAGUCGCAGUCGGUCUGCUUCCUCCAGUGGGUCGGAGAAGGCAGCCAGGAAGUCCCGUGACAAGGAUAAGAAGACCCGUAAGAAGUCCUCCAGCAGUGACAGUAGUUCCAGUCGCAGUUCAUCCAGAAGUUCCACAGGAUCCUCUGGCAGCUCUGAUAGUUCAUCCAGCAGUAGCUCAUCUUCACGCUCCUCAUCUUCCUCUUCAUCCUCCUCCUCUUCCCGUUCGAGGUCUAGAGACAAGGAGAACAAACAGAAGGAGAAAGAGAAAGAGAAAGACAAAAAAGAUGAUUCCCGCAGGUCAGCCUUCAAAACAGGAGUUGAGAAGAGUCGCAGUCAGAGUCGGGAGAAGAAGCCCAAGCUGAAGAAACCCUCAAAAUCACGAUCAAGGUCAGGAUCCCCACGACCACGCAGGAAGCCCCGCUCCCCGACACCUCGACCAACUAGGAUCCACAUUGGUCGUCUCACUAGAAAUGUGAACCGUGAUCACCUCAUGGAAAUAUUCUCGGUCUAUGGUGCAGUGAAGAGUGUUGAUCUCCCCAUGUACGAUAUCCGAGUCAAUGCCUCACUUAACCGUGGUUAUGGCUACAUUGACUUUGAGAAGCCAGAGGAUGCAGAGAAUGCAAUGAAGCACAUGGAUGGAGGACAGAUAGAUGGGCAGGAGAUUACUGCUGCUCCAGUAUUAAUACCCCGCCAAGUGCCCCCACGCCGCCGCUCUCCCUUGCCCCCCAUGCCCAUCAGACGUGGUCCUCCACCUCGAUGGCGUUCACCUCCAAGAUACAACAUGAUGCGCCGCAGGUCCCCACCCAUGAUGAGGCGGCGGUCACCCCCUCCGAGGCGCAGAUCCCCACGUUCACGUUCACGCACACCACCACGCCGCAGGAGGUAUUCACGCUCCUCCUCCUCAUCUUCACGUUGAGCCAGACCACAUCUACUCCCCUGCUUCCUCUUCCUCCAUGUGAGCAGGCACUUGAACAUUACUUGUCAGUGUAGUAAGGCCUUGCAUAGUGGAUAUCAGUUUAUUAAUUUAUAUUUGAUUAUUAUCUUUUUUAUUUUAUUUUUUUUUUCUCAAAAUUUCUCAUUAAAGAUGCAUUUUUUGCUCUCAUUUUUCUUUUUUUUUUACUUUUUUUUUCUUCAGAUAAACUUAAGUAGUCUAGGUUUAGGAAGAAAUAAGGAGAGAAAACUGACAUUAUUUCUCUCUGAUGACUGUAACACAAGUACAACCAGAGCAACAAUUGUGGGAUGUCCAGUUGGUCUUAAAUAUUCUGCAUUAGGUAGACAUCAACAUUUGCUUAGAUACUAUUGAUUUAGAUGAUUUUUACCAUUAAGCAGCAAAUAUGUAGAUAUUAAAAAAGUUUAUUAAUGUUUGCUCUAAUUAAUUCUUCAUUUUGGAUAUCUGAUGGAAACUUGGUUGUAUUAUCAAUGUACACAUUCUUCUGUUAGAAACUUGUAAGGAUGUAUUUUAUUGUACUUCACUUCCAGUAAAUUGUCAAAUUGUGCUGUACUUUCAGGAACAGCAACUGUUUUAUAAUAUUACAUGCUCUGAAAUUUU